GGGCGAAAGGCGGCAAGCCUUCAAAUAUGUUUAUACUGUUGUUUCCUGUUUACAUUUUGUUGCUUUUCUACGAGAAUGAAGUAUUGGCUAUUCGAUGUUAUCAGUGCGAUAGUAAUGAAGAUGAUUCGUGUCCAGCCGGAAGAUUUUUCGAUACUAGACUUAAUGCAAUGAUAGAUUGUGGUAGUUUUUUAUCACAUUCACCUGGAACAUUUUGUGUAAAAAUUUAUCAAGAAAGCACUGGUUGGCAUUCAUGGAUAAAAGUCACACGGACUUGUGGUGCACGAACUGACUAUGGUUUAGCCUGGAGCUGUCGGUAUUGGUUUGAAGCACAAGGUGUUUACAAAGAAGUCUGCUACUGCCAAGACAGAGAUGGUUGUAAUAAAGCCACAACACUAUUCAUGAAUAACAAAGUUAUUUUACUCUUGACACUAUUUUUAUGUUUUAUUUUAUCAACAAAAUCGAUUUUUUUGUAAAUAACCGUUUAUUAAGCUAUUCAAACUUUAUAUUGUAUAUCAUUUGGCUUUUAGGUUACUGUAGAGAUUUCAAUUUCUUAGAUUUCAAAACAUUUAAAAUAUAUAAAGAAACUGUAAAUCAGUUCAUAAA